GCCAGAGCGUUGCGAAUACAACACGAGACGAGAGGAAUGCUAACUGCGUUUACAAUAAAGAUUUACCAGUUGGGAGCUGCCUUGCUGGUGCUGGCAGUAGACUGGAUUGCAGCCCAGGAUCAGGAUUUAGUUAGAUCAUGCGCUGCCUACAAGAAGAGCGUGUUCGAGGAGACCUCGGAAUUCAGUCUGCUCUAUCCGAACGCCCCGAUCAUCUACAAAACCAGAGACACAUGCACCAGCUACACGCCCCUGAUUAUCGGUGGAGGACCAGCCGUCCCGAAGGAGUUUCCUCAUGCCGCCCGCCUCGGAAAUCGCAAUGAGGAUAACGAAAUAAAUUGGUUCUGUGGCGGCACCUUGAUCAGCAAUCAACACGUCCUCACGGCUGCCCACUGCCUCUUCACCGAGAAUGGAGCUGUGAAUGUGGUUCGGCUGGGAGAACUGGAGUUCGACAACGACAAGGACGAUGCCGAUCCGGAGGACUUUGGCGUUACCAAUGCCACGGUGCAUCCCGGCUACGCUCAUCCAAUCAUUUACAAUGAUAUUGCCUUGCUGCGACUGAGCCGGCCCGUCACUUUAAACGAGUAUAAGCAUCCGGCGUGCCUACCCUUCCACGAUGGCGCUAGCGACCAGACAUUCAUUGCCAUCGGCUGGGGACAGGUGAAGGUUGUCAGCGAAAGUUCCAAGAAGCUCAGGAAGGUUCGCCUCAAUAACUACGGCACCCGAUGCAGCACCACGUCCGAGCCGAACGACGAGCUGCCCAACGGGUACAACGGCACCACUCAAAUAUGCAUCGGAUCUAAGGACCACAAGGAUACAUGCAAUGGCGACUCUGGUGGCCCGGUGCUGACAUAUCACAAGGACUUUCCAUGCAUGUACCAUGUUAUGGGCAUCACCUCCACUGGCAAUUUCUGCGACACUCCGGACUUUCCAGGCCUCUACACACGCGUACACCAGUACUUGGACUGGAUUAAAGCGGAGAUGGGCAAGACGUCAAUAAUAGCCGAUUUGAAACCCGUUCUAAGCGCGAACAUGAUUCUCUUUCUGGUGUCGCUGCUGCUUUACCUACUGCCAUGCGGUUUUGGCCAACAUCAACAUUCGGAUAUAAUAAGUGAGGCCUCUUGCAUGAGUAUUAAAAAGACCGUGUUCGAGACAACGAUAGAUUAUAGUUUUCUGUUUCCCGGAGCACCUAUUCAGCAUCGGACUGUGGACAAUUGCCGCAGCUAUACGCCGUUGAUUGUGGGCGGGCAUCCCGCCAAUCCCAAGGAGUUUCCACAUAUGGCACGGCUCGGACGUCGCCAAGAGCUCGGCAGGAGGACUGAUUGGUUCUGCGGCGGCACACUGAUAACUGAACGCUUCGUUCUAACCGCUGCACACUGCCUAGAAUCAGAACAGGGCGAGGUAAAUGUGGUUCGUCUGGGCGAGCUGGACUUUGACACUUUUGAGGAUGAUGCUGCUCCAAGGGACUACAAUGUGGCUACCUACAUAAUUCAUCCGAGCUAUGCGGAUCCACAGCUCUACCAUGACAUCGGACUGGUCAAGCUGGCAGAGGAUGUCAUAUUCGAUCUCUACAAGCAUCCUGCCUGCCUGCCGUUCGUCGAUGAGCGCUAUUUCAGUUCCUUCAUAGCCGUGGGCUGGGGCAGUACUGCCUUUGCCGUCAAACCAUCCACGAAGCUCCUCAAGGUGAAACUGGAUCGCUACGAGGAUUGGGUUUGCAAGAAAGUUCUCUCACGAAAACUUGAGGAGUAUCCCCACGGAUUCGAUGCCACCACUCAAGUGUGCGUGGGCUCCGAUAGGGCUCAGGACACCUGCAACGGAGACUCCGGUGGUCCUAUUCUAAUGUACCAUCAGAACUAUCCAUGCCUGUAUCAUGUGAUGGGCAUCACUUCGGCGGGUCUGUCCUGUGGGACCCCAGGAGUUCCCGGCAUCUACACGCGCGUCUAUCGCUAUCUGGAUUGGAUCACACAAACGAUUGCCAAGUAGAAAUCUACCUCUGAU